AUGUGUUCCUGUCCAAUAUUAAUGGAAGAGUGAGAUGAACUACAGGCAAAAGAGACACCUACGCUCCUCUCUCCUCUUCCAUACGUUUCACCCAUCUCUCCAAACCCUGGACUUAAGCACUAACCCAUGGCACCCUCUAAAAGACUAAAACAUAAACCCUGCCAACUCUCGAAACCUAUAGAUCCCGCCGGCCUCCUCUACCAAAUACGAACUCUCCACUUCCAUUAAUGGCGGGACGUUCAGAGAGAGGAGAUUCCAGCUCUCAACUCCUUCAAGAACUCGAGACCCUGAGCCAAUCCCUUCACCAAUCGCAGGCUAGCCGCCGCCGGCGUACUACCUCCCUUGUUCUUCCUCGCUCUGCUUACUCCGCGACUGCGCCUGUGGAUGGCCCCGGGAUCACUGAGGGAAUUGCUCGAUCGGACCGGUACAGCCGCUCCUCUCGAUACGCCUCCCUGUCCCCCUGGAGAUCCCGCCCUAAACCUCAAACUGAAGCGGGCGGCGCCAUAGAUGCUGAUGACCAGCACCACCACCCUCCAUCCAAGUUUGAGCAUAAGUCGAGGCCUGGUGAUGGGGGGAGGAAGGGGAUAUGGAAUUGGAAGCCCUUACGAGCCCUGUCGCAUAUCGGGAUGCAGCGCUUGGCGUGCCUCUUCUCCGUUGAGGUCAUCGCUGUCCAUGGCCUCCCGGCAUCCCUGAAUGGCCUCCGCCUCUCGAUUUCCGUCCGCAAGAAGGAGGCCAAGGAUGGUGCAGUGCAGACGAUGCCCUCGCCGGUGCUUCAGGGCUCCGCCGACUUUGAUGAGACUCUGUUCGUCAAAUGCCAUCUAUACUGCAGCGGCGGAGUGGGCACGGGGAAGCCACUCAAGUUUGAGCCCCGCCCGUUCCUCAUCUCGAUGCUGGCUAUCGAUGCUCCAGAGCUGGAUUUUGGGAGGAACAUGGUCGACUUAAGCUUAAUGGUUCUGGACUCCAUUGAAAAGAGCUUGGAAGGGGUUCGGGUGCGGCAGUGGGAUACAAGCUUCAAGCUCUCUGGGAAGGCGAAAGGAGGAAAAUUGGCUCUCAGGUUGGGAUUUCAGAUGAUGGAAGAUGGAGGAGUCGGGAUCUACAGCCAGGCUGAGGCAGUGAGAUCAAACAAGGGAAAGGAUUCCUCUUACUCUGUUGCUCGGAAGCAAACAAGGUCUUCUUUCAGUGUCAUAAGCCCGAGGGCAACAAGAUCAGCAAAAGAUUUGAAAGGACUCAACGAGACUCGUCCUCCGACUUCUAUCCACAAGUCGGAGCCAGAGUCGACGAUGCAAGAUCUUGACCUCCCGGAGUUUGAAGUCAUUGAUAUGGGGAUUCAAAUUCAGGGAGAAAGAGCAGAGCGAGAUGAAGUGAAGUCAAAGGACGCCGCAGAAGCGACAUCAGCUUCGAGCGAGGUGGUGAAAGAGGUAAUGCAUGACCGGGAUCGCCAGGUUAGCUUAACGGAGCUUGAUUCGAUUUCUCGACAGAUCAAGGCCAUCGAGUCGAUGAUGACUGGAGAUGGAAUCAAUCCCCUGAACAUGGCGCGAGGACACGAAACGCAGCAGUUGGAUCACGGAGAGGAGACUGUGACAAGAGAGUUCCUCCAAAUGCUUGAGUUGGAAGAUGAUGAUGAUGAUGAUGAUGAGCAUAAAUAUAUCAAACCAGAGCAUGUUGCUUCACUGAAGUCGGAAGCAGCUCAAGGUACUGGUGAUGAAGCAAAGGUAUUGCUUUCAGAUCUUGGAAAGAGUCUGGGUCCAGUGGUUCAGACGAAGGAUGGAGGCUAUUUAGUAUCCACGAAUCCUUUCAAUGUGGCAGUAGAAAGAAAAGAGAUUCCAAAGCUUGUGAUGCAGGUUUCAAGACCACACAUCCUCCAGUAUCAGAAAUUGGGCAGCGGGUUUGAAGUGUUUCAGAGACUAGCUUCCAUGGAUCUGGAAGAUUUGAGUUGCAAACUUUUCUCGCUGACUGCGAUGGAUGAACUGAGAGGCAAAUCAGCCGAGCAAAUAGCAUUCGAAGGGAUCGCAUCGGCCAUCAUAAGCGGCAGGAACAAAGAAGGUGCAAGCUCCAGCGCAGCUAAAUUGAUAGCAGCUGUUAAGAAGAUGGCAACAGCAAUGAGUGAAGGCAGAAAGGAGAGGAUGUCCACAGGAAUUUGGUUUGUGAAAGAGGAUCCAGUAACCAUGGAGGAAAUAUUAGCCUUCUCACUGCAGAAAAUGGAGGCUAUGUCAGUGGAGGCUCUCAAAGUCCAGGCUGACAUGGCUGAAGAAGAAGCUCCCUUUGAAUUCUCCCCACAUCUGGGAAAAGAUGAUCCGAACCACGAUAACCUCUUGGAUUCAGCCAUUUCACCUGAGAAUUGGGAAAAAGAUUGCAGUUCAGACACUACCAUGACAAUGUUAGCGAUCAUUCAGCUGAGGAAUCCAUUAAGGAGCUUAGAAGCAGUGGGUGCUCCAAUGAUGGUUGUGGUGCAGGCAGAGAGAGUGGAGAAAGAAGGAGAAGAUGAAGGUUGCAGGUUUAAAGUGACAAGUCUCCAUCUUGGGGCUCUGAAGUUGCGGUCAGGAGGGAUGAGGAGUGUUUGGGAUGGGGAGAAGCAGAAGCUGACUGCAAAACAAUGGUUAGUGGCUUAUGGGCUUGGAAACGCAGGUAGGAAAACCAAAACUGUGCCAACGAAAAGAACACAGGAUUUGCUAUGGAGCUUAUCCUCGCGAGUCAUGGCGGAUAUGUGGCUCAAGCCUAUGCGGAACCCGGAUGUGAAGAUCAAAACCAAUGGUAAAUGAGCUGACCAUAAAUUGUUAGUAUUCUGCAAGUAAAAAAAUAUUCACUUUCUUGGAUUCAGCCUUGUGAGUCAUUGUGGGACUGUAGUACUAGGAAAUAGGAUAUAGAAGUGAUGUAUAAUGAAGAAUUACUGAUGAAAUAUGGGGACUUGAGCUUAUGAUGACAUUUUCCUUCCAUUGAUUUAAUAAGAAGAUUGAUUUUUCAGUGAUCUAUAUA